AGGAUCUCACAUGCACCUCCUUGCUCCUUAGGAUCCCGAGCAAAUUGUUCUUCUUUCAUUAGACCAGAAAAUCGGCCGAAGUACAUACUUUUCCGCGCACCCGCUGGCAUGGCGGGCCAAUUUCGUUUCACUUCGAGGGCGGCGGGAUGCCCUCGCAACACACCCGGCCCGAGGACCUCGCUGCGCCAUGCAGCGUCUCGGGCGUUGUGGCUUGUCAAAGAGAGCCGGGGCGGCCUCCCGGCCUCGAAGCCAGCCCAGAGCGAGAAGCGCCGCCCCGCCAAGCGGCUUUCCCACGGGCCUGUCCAUGUCGGGGCGGUGCGCCGCCGCCAUGUUUUUUGCCGGACGCGCAUGGGCCUGCUUGCCGUAAAGAAGGGGCCGGCCUCCGAAGCAGUAGGGCGCGCGCCCCUUGGGUUGGGCCUGCUUCGGCCCAAGCCAACGCCCCCCAAGUUGGGGGCAAUGAGGGGGGGGCCCGGAGGGCGCGCGCGCCCCCCCUUCGGGGGGGGGUUAAAAAGGGGGCCGAAUUGGCGUAAUUCUGCACCCUUUUUUAGGGGGGGGGCAAAAAAUGGCCUUCCCCCGAUGCUACAGGGGGGGGGCAAAAUGGCCCAGAACCGGGCACAUUUUGCCCCCCCCCCCAAAAGGGGUAGCGAAUUGGCCCAAUUCGGCCCCCCUUUCCCCCCCCCCGGACGGGGGGGGCGCGCGCGCCUUUCACGGGGCAUGCAGUUCGCCCGCCGGCCGGGGCCCCGGAUGGGGGAGGGCGCGCCCGGACGCAGCCAAAGCAAAAGCUUUCCCGGCCCCGGGCGGGCUUCGAGUUGGGGCCCCGGGAUGCACGCCGAGUCGGUUGCGUAUCCCCGAUGUGAGCCUCGCGCGGGACCGGGUGGCGAAGUGCUGGCUGCGUGCCGUCGCCUUCCUAUCUAUGUCAGGCCGACCCCUCCCGGCCCCGGCCGCCCCGCCGCAACGCCGGAGGCUAAUUUUUCCGGGGUAGGGCAGCCCGGAACGCGGUCGCGCCUUCGCACCCCCCAACUUCUCUCCGCCCGCGACUCCCAUUGCAUGGGGAUGCGCAAAAAAACAUGUACUUCGACCGAUUUUCUGGUCUAAUUUCAGAUCACCUGCACCACAGAGUGGACGUAGUCUUCUUCCUUCUGAUCGUUUUACUUUUUUGCAGUACCAGCGACUCAUACUUUUAGUGAAUCUCCUCUCGAAUUUUUUGAAUUUUUAGAACCUGCUGACGCAAAAAUGAGUUUUUUCCACAAGAGGGACGAGUUGUAAAUCCGAGGAAUUCAUUCCGUACAGACCCGAACAGUAACAGAACUAUACUAAAAAUUUCAACUUUUCUCGUUUCGUAACAAGCCAUGCGCUUGCAAUUCGAGGACGACUAUGACAAGGCCGUGGCCAAGAAAAGCCACUCCUGGGAGGACAGCAAGGCGAUCUUGGAAUAUCUACGGGUAAACAGGGUUUUCCAGCCGGAUGUCGCGGUGGUACACGGUAGCAGGCUGCUGGCGAAAAGCCCAGGGAAGCUCGGGGACGAUAUUUGGGCUGUGUAUAGAUUUUUUGCUACACUGCUACUGGAGCACCUUACACUUCCAAUUGGCAUUGCAUAAAGUAGAAGUUGCUCAGUCAGUACGUCGGAUCGAUUUCUUCAAGGCACAAAAAAUGUGUAAAAUUGAUAUUCCAAAAACACAAAACCACAGCUACGAGCAAGUCUGCUUCGCCUCCAUGCACCUCGGAAUGCUGGCGUGGAGUUCCUACUGCGUAGAGAAACUGACCGACAAGUUCCCAGACAGCAAGCGAGUGAAGCGUAUGGAUUGUAAAAAUGUCUGGGUCUGGGAGAUUGCGAGACUUGUCAUGCUAAUCUGGCAUGACCAAAAAGUUUGUGAUGCAUGUCCAAGAAGAGACCCUUUUGCCUGUCAUGCAAAAACGCAGUUUCUCAUGCGGAAAACGCAACACAAAGCAGCGGAGAUAUUUGUCAUGCUUGGCUGUGCAUUACAGAGCAUUCACUAUUCCCAACACAGCAUUACAAGUUUCCAGACCCAGACAUUUUUGCACUUGAUAAAGCGAAUUUACGCGCUGUUUCGCGAAGCGACCGGGGACUAUGCCGACGCGCUUACCUUGUACAAGGAGAUCCUGCAGGAGGCCCCAGAAAGCACUUUUGCCCGAAGAAGAAUCAUUGCCAUGUACGGUUUUUUUGUCAUGAGAUUCCGAUCCACGAAUUGUGCUUCAUUUUUCAACAUACCAUCACGAAGCUGUUUGCUUGACCGACAUAGCUUGGAAAAUCGACAAUCCAAAAAACAGGAAACGCGCACAGGGGAGAACGAUAGAAGCUAUCGAGGCGGCGAACAAGCACCUGGAAACUUUUCAGAUGGACAAAGAAGUAUGGCACGAACUUACCGAGCUGUACAUACAGGAGGGACAGCUCACAAAAGCGGCGUACACACUGGAAGACGUGCUGCUGCAGGAUCCAAGGAACAUGUAUUACUUAUUUGAACGUGCUGUUCUCUACUGUUCAAAGCUGCUCUCUGAAAUUCUCGCGCAAAAAAUUUUGCAUGUAUAUCUGCUCGCUAUUCUGGUUCCUGAAAUAGAAAUAGAAAUCGAAUUUGACCGCACGACAGGUAUACGGUCCUGAGCUACGCGGAGCUGAUCUUCUCCAUAGGGCAAGACUACGACCUAGCAAGGAAGUAUUUUUGCCUGGCCUGCGAAAUCGAUGAGACGAGUACGCGAGCGCUGUGGGGCCUGUUCUGGUGCAACCAGCAGCUCCACAAGAAGGACCAGGGAUCGGAUAAAAUGCUGCAGCUGCAAACCAUGACGGUGCAGAGGCUACGGAACGUGUACAAAGAUCUCAAACACGUCCACAGCACGAAAAUCAUGCUGCAACUCCUCGACCAGGAGCUUCUCGCAACGUCGAAUAGUGCAGCAGCACCGAAGUAGAUGGGUUACGCGCACUCUCAGGGGCGCCCGGUCUGUGCACCGAGUUCGUAGCAGUUUGUUGCUCACUCUCACACACCAGAAUCGCUCGCGUGGGCCCCGCGCUGGCCCAGCAUUAUCCAAGAUUUAACAUAAACGAAAACGACAAGAACCCUGGCGACAUACACAUAGAAUUCUCUCUGGAGUAACCCUCAGAGCAUAAGAUGAAGAAUCACUUUGGACAU